AUAUAUCAAACUAAUAUGUUACGUUUUCUUGCAGGUAUGUCAAGCUAUUAUCGGAGAUUUUCCUCAUACUUCAAGCUAGUUGGCAAUACGGCAGUGAAGCUCUUGUUGGAAGUAAUCAGACGUGUUUUGAGAGUUGAAACGAAGCUUAUAACUGUGGACAUUUCUCAAUUCCAUAUUAAAAUAAGAUCUGCGUCAUUGGUUAAGAAUCAAGGAGGCGGUGAAGAAGUCAGCGAAGGAGGAGGAGAAGUCAUCGAAGGAGGAGACGCGAGGAGAACAUAUCCAACAAAGAUGGAGAGAGAGAAGGAAGUGAAUGCUCGAAGCUGUUAUGGAGAAGAGAUUUUGAAGAAUAUCCAUAAAAAGAAGCCUAAUAGGCGUCUGAAGGUUCCGUCCAAACGUGGUAGCAGACUUCCACAACGUUUGUCUCGAGAAUUGUAUGAGCAGAUCUCUUCGUCAGAGUCAUCCCAGAACGUGGGCAUCAAGAAACAGGCAUCCCGAAACGAUGAUAGGUCGAUUUCUGAGCAGCGCACACACUUAAUGCAAUUCUUUCAAUAUGCAAAACAAAAAAACUUGAUGGUGCUGCAUAAUAUUAAAAAAUUGUGUGAAGCCAACAAGGAAAAGAAAAGCCUGCAGAUAGGCAGAGAGUACUCGAACAUCAAGUACUCGAACGAGACAGAUGCCGGACUCCCCGCCUCACUGCUACGCGGCUCCACACUUUCGCUGUCUCUGUCUCGCUCCACGGCCAGUCUGCCGGCCGCCAUAUCGCCCUCUCACUCGCCCCCGCUCACUCCCCCUCCUCCACCGCCAACGGCACCAGCGCUCCCACGCACACACACUGGCCUGCGCACACCACACAUCUGCCCAGGCCACCAGAAGACAUGCUAAAGCAGAUCUACACCAAUGUACCAUUGAAAGAGCGCAAGGUGUCUCCCAACUACAAUGUGGGCCCGACGAUACCCAGCUUUGCACCUUCACCUCCGCCGACGCCGACGGAAGGGAGUAAAAUCCAUGAAUUCAAUUACCCACAUAGCACAUGAACAUAUCAGAUAUGUAUUAGAUAUGUUCCACCGAUAUUCAAUUCAAUUUUUUCAAUUCAAUUCUUUUUAUUUGCCAUCAAUACAAUUUACAAAAAAUUAUUCAAGAAAUUCAUAGAAAUAAAAAUAAAACAUAGCUUACAAUCAAAACAAAAAUUAUAAAUUGAAUAAAUUAUGAAAA